CGCGCCCAGCUGCAGAGGCGCCCCUCCGAGCGGGCGCGCGGGACGAGCCCACCGCCACCCGGCGGGCCGAUGGGCCCGCCCUCGGCCGGCAGCGGGGCCGCGCCCGGGCGGGCUGGCGGGCCGACGGCGCUCUCGGUGGUGCGCUCGGGCAUUGGGCUUGCCACGGACCUGUACGACCUGACGAUCAUCAACGCGAUCCGCCCCCAGCUCGAGGACUCUGAUUGCUAUGGGGAGCUCUCCCCGUCCAUGAACGGCGCCAUCACAUCCGCCACCAGCGCCGGCGCCAUCGUGGGCAGGAAGCUUGAGCUCCAGGUUCAACUGCGUGAUCGUCGACCGCUUCGCGGCUGCAGCCUCGGAUGGUCCGGGCCCCGGGUACGUCGAGAACGCGACCAUUCCGAAGAAGGUGAGGGAGGCGACGGCUCGGCCCCUAGAGGGCCAGCUCGCCUUCGGCUUCGCGGCCGACGCGCUCGGCCGGCGUCCGGCCUUCAUCGCCACCGCGGCGCUGCUCUCCCUGGGCGCGGCGGGGAGCGCCACCGCCGGGGCGGUGGGCGGCCUGGGCCCGUACGAGG